AUGAUUCCACUAGGGUUUGUGCAGAGUGUGAGCACAAAGAUAAAGGUUGUAAAUGGAGAAUUUGGGCUUCAUGGGAGAGAGGAAGAAGAACACUACCAGAAUCUGUUUAAGGUUAACCCUUACAUGAGAGUGCAAGAUAUUCAGGAAACCAUUUGGUUAGAAAAGGGUAUAAGGGUGAGCAAAGACAAGGCUGCCAGGGCUAGGAGAAGGGGUCAAGCACUCAUUGUUGGUGAAUACAAAGAGCAGUAUGCAUUACUCCCAAGGUAUGCAGCUGAGAUACUAGGAAGCAAUCCAGGGAACACAUUGAAGUUGAAGUUGGAUGCAAAUGUGUUUGACAGACUGUAUUUGUGUUUUGAGGCACUUAGGAAAGGGUUCUUGGCAGGAUGCAGACCUUUCAUAUCACUUGAUGGAUGUUUCUUAAAGGGACCAUUUGGGGGUCAAUUGUUAGUAGCAGUAGGGAGGGAUGGAAACAAUCAAAUGUUCCCUUUGGCUUGGGCUGUUUGUGAGGUUGAGAGCACUGACACAUGGAGUUGGUUUCUAGAACUUCUAGCUACUGAUUUAGGCACUAGUGAAGGAGCAGGGUACACUUUCAUGUCUGACCAACAAAAGGGUUUACUUGCUGCUGUGUCAAAUGUGUUUCCACAAGCUGAAAGUAGGGUGUGUGCAAGGCAUGUGUACUGUAACUUUAGGGGAGUGUUUGGAGGUGGUUUAGAGUACAGAAAACAAUUUUGGACUAUUGCAAAAAGCAACACAGUAAAUCACUUCAAUGAAAACAUUGAAGUAAUGAGGGGUAUUUCACAUGAAGCUGCUGAAGACCUACUGAAAAGGAACUACAAGAAAUGGUGUAGGGCAUUCUACACUCCAUUAUCUUGUUGUGACAGUGUAGACAACAACAUGAGUGAGGUGUUUAAUGCAUACAUCUUGAGUGCAAGGCACAAGCCUAUUAUUACCAUGUUGGAAGAUAUCAGAGAGGGUUUGAUGGAAAGACUGCAUAAGAAAAGAGAUUUCAUUGGGAAAAAGGAGAUAAUGUUGUGUCCUAGGAUCCAAAUUCAGUUAGAGAAACACAAAAUUUGGGCUAGGGGUUGGAAUGCAUACUGGGAUGGUGGGUUUUGCUAUGGAGUAAGAGAAGGUGCAACACAGGUUAAGUAUGUGGUGGAUCUGAACCAACAUACUUGCAGUUGCAAUGCAUGGCAGACCUACAUGAAGGCAUAUGAAUUUUUGUUAGAGCCUUUAAAUGGUCCUCAAGAGUGGCCUACUUCUGAUAGCAUUGUUGUGGCUCCAAAGGUGAAAAAGGUCAAUGGAAGACCUAAAACAAAGAGGAGAUAUGGUGUUGGAGAGCUUAUGUGGUGUGAUAGGCCACAACAAAAGGGGUUGCAAGAAUGCCCCUAA